AUGAAUUCGAAAGUACCACCUGCUACGUUGCCGCUGCGGCAAGGCAAGGGGUUUCAGGUGAUGGUGCACGGCGUGCUGGAGGGCGCGGAGUGCGUAGAGGUGGGGUCCAUGUUUGCCCGCACCCAGCUCUUUUUCGGCCCUGAUUGGGCCUUCCUGGAGAGCAACAGCGACUACGGCGAGGACGCGGCCGCAGACGACGAGGAUCUCGUUGUGCCCACGUACAGCAAUAACGCUGAGGUGGUGACGCAGCUGUCCGACUGCGCCAAGGGCCCCAUCCCGUACUUUAGCUUCACGGCACCUUUCGAGUUCGCGUUGACGAGCACGAACCCGUUCGGCUGGCCGCAGCUAGUCAUUACGCUUCACACCGUCGAAGGCGCUAAUGGGAGCUCCGGAAGGGGCGCUGACGGCAACGACACUCAACUCCUCGGCAGCGGGGAGUCGAUCAUUGGCUACGGUCGAUGCUUUAUUCCCAUGAAGAGUGGCUACCACCAAAGGAAGGUGCCCAUGAUGCAGCUGGAGAGCACCACCUCGAAGCAGCAGCUGAUUAGCUUUCUCACCCGCGAGAAGCCGGUGCUGCGCGACCUUUCUUUCUUGUGCACUGGCGACGAUCAGGUGAUGCUGCACGCACGGCCACUCGACGGCUAUGUGAAGCUGAACUUCUCUGUCAUGAUCAACGGCAUGGAGUCGUCGGGGUUCGAGGUGUAG